GCACAGACAUUUUCUAAAAACGCACUCCAAACACCUGCAAAUUCGUUUCUACGAAGUUUCAGCAAAACUGAAAAUAUUACUAUCACAAAGCUUCCUCUUAGGAGUAAGCAAAAGUGGUUAAAUAUCAGUGAAGUUCUUCUAUAUUCUAUUCAAUACAAAUAUUGUGCAAAAUUAAAAUACAUCGUGUACAAAAUAUCAGUAUUCAGGAACAUUCGUGAUUAAAUUUUUUUUUUCGAGAGAAUAAAAAGUGUUUUAUUUCUGUAUCUGGUAUCUAGUUCUAAUCAAUUUGAAAAAAUGGAGAUGUAUAUGUGUAAUAUACAUUUAGUGACUACGCAUAAUUCAGAUAUUUUCAGUGAAGAUACUAGAAAAUUAUUCAUGUGUAUUAUAGUACUAUGUGACCGAUUAUUCUACAAAUACUAUAAUCUACCCAAAUGCUAAAGCUACUAUAAUUCAUAUGUGAAAAGAAAUUCUUCUGCAAAUCAUUAGUGAAACAUAAACGAGUGCGAUUAAUUUGUGUAAAUAUCACAUGAGUUAAAUUUGAAAAUGGAUGAGCUAACAAAAGAUCAAAUAGCACUACUCAAAAAGGCCUUUGAUGCAUUUGAUCAUGAAAAAAAAGGAUGUAUUGGGACCGACAUGGUUGGCACAAUUUUAAGCAUGCUUGGCUACGAACUUAGUGAAACAACAUUACAAGAAAUAAUAGCAGAAGUAGAUGAAGAUGGUUCAGGAGAGCUUGAGUUUGAGGAAUUCUGUACACUUGCGGCCAGAUUUUUAGUAGAAGAAGAUACAGAAGCAAUGCAACAAGAAUUAAGGGAAGCUUUUCGCUUAUACGACAAAGAAGGAAAUGGUUACAUAACAACUGAUGUAUUUAGAGAUAUUUUACAUGAACUAGAUGAUAAGUUAUCACCUGAGGAACUUGAUUUGAUGAUUGAAGAAAUUGAUGCUGAUGGAUCAGGAACACUCGAUUUUGAUGAAUUUAUGGAAGUAAUGACCGGUGGCGAUGAAUAAAAAAUGGUGUACUGAAUUUAAGCUUACUAUCUUCUGUCAUGAAUUAAUAUAUUAAUGGUAAUAUAAAAAGAGCUUAGUAGUAAUCUGUCAUUAACUUAAAUUGUAAACAGUUGUGUUCAAUAAUUUAUAUUUUUAUUUAUAUAUUCAAUAAAUAAUAUGUGUUAAUAUUUUUACCAAA